AUGGCCACACCUACCUCACCUGCAGCGUCGACGGUCUCGGCGGACGUGGCGUACCUGCGCACGCUGCCCGCCGUCCGCGAACGCUGCUACAAGAUCUUCACCUCGGCCUCCGCUGCCAGCGAAGGAGAGUACUUCACCUAUGACGCCAGCAAAGAAGACGACGUGGCGGACUACUGCAUUAACAUUAUCCAGCGCGACUUCGGAACGAACUACGCCGCCAUUCCCCCGCACGGUCGAUGGAGGCACUUUGACGUCGGCGCCAUUCCGCGCGUCACGACACUGCUGAGCGAGUGGGCCGGUGUCGGACGGGCUAACGCCGCGAAGGCUGUAGAGCCAGCAGAGGCGGCGAGGCGGUUGGUGGAUCUGUUCAUGGUCUCGGUGCUUCUAGAUGCGGGCGCGGGCACCAAAUGGAAGUACGAGGAGAAGAAAACGGGCCUGUCGUACGGCAGAUCCGAGGGGCUGGCGGUGGCGAGUCUCGACAUGUUCCUCAACGGACGCUUUUGCGGCGAGCAGGGCGACGAAGACUUUGGAGCGAGACACAAGGUGGACGCUGCAGGACUCAAGAAUCUGUCCUCCGAUAUGCUCGCGAUCGACAUGCAGGUCCACCCGACCGAAAACCCAAUGACCGGCCUCGAAGGCCGUGCGAACCUCCUCGUCAAGCUCGGUGAAGCACUCGAAUCCGACAAGCACGGCUUCUUCUCGGGCCCUUCCAGUUCCGCCGCCAACAUCCCCGCAGCGCAGCGCAGGCCCGGGUUCCUUGUCGAUUACCUCGCAGCGCACCCGUCCACCAAACACUCCCCCACAGGCAAGGGCGCCGAAGUAUCCUACCCAGUCCUCUGGGAGGUACUCAUGUAUGGGCUUGCACCCAUCUGGCCUGCCUCGCGCACGCACUUGGACGGCGUGGCCAUGGGCGACGUCUGGCCCAACAAGACCCUCGCCAAGCUGAACAAUGUGCCACUAGACACCCAGGGGGCAAUGGUGCCCUUCCACAAACUCUCCCAGUGGAUGUGCUACUCGCUCAUGGAGGCCAUGGAGAAGACGCUCGGCUGGCACUUUGUCGAUGCCCAGCACGGCACGGGCCUGCCAGAGUACAGGAACGGCGGCCUGUUUGUCGAUCUCGGUGUGCUCGUGCCCAAGCAGACCCUACUGGAAGCAAGCGGUGCGAGUGAAGGGAGCGUGCCGCAGUUGGCCGCGGAGCACCCGGCGAUCGUCGAGUGGCGCGCGCUGACGGUGGUGCUGCUGGAUCGCACGGCGGAGCGCAUUCGUGCCAAGUUGGGAGUGGGCAAGGCGGUGUUGAACUUGAAACAGGUGUUGGAGGCCGCGACGUGGAAAGGCGGCCGAGAGAUUGCGGCGGAGAAGAGGACGGGUGGUGGGCCGCCGAUCAAUGUGCUUUCGGAUGGAACUGUGUUUUGA